AUGUCCUCAGUCAGUGAAGUAAAUCUUGAUAUCAAAGAUUUCCUAAUGAGCAUUAAUUUGGAGCAGUAUGUCCCACACUUCCGUGAGUCUGGCUUUAACACCGUGAGGGACUGCGCAGCUCUCGAUGACAGCGUGCUACACAAAAUUGGAAUAUCACCGACAGGACACCGGAGGAGGAUCAUCAAACAAUUACAGAUAAUCUUGUCAAAAAUGCAAGAUAUCCCAAUCUAUGCAAAUAUUCAUAAAGUAAAGAAGAAUGAUGAGACUUCAAAGGGUCGCCCCGUUCCAUCUUCUGGCCAGGAUACCUGCUUGGAACGUUCAGAUUCAUCUAGUGCUCAGACACCUAGCCCAGCGCAGGUGGAGUCUGUUACAAAAGAUCUUGACCAAAGUGCCAUUGGUGUGGAAAAUAGCCAGUGUUUUCAAUCAGAUGAUGAGCCGCCUCUUCCUAAACACAACUUCCCCAUUCCAGAAGAAGGACACCAUCUGAAAUUAAGUUCUUUUCAAGGUUCUUUAUUGGGUAACAUUAAAAUAGAAUCUUUGAUUACAAAGGAGACUGUGGAUUGUACAACUAAAGAACAACAAACAGGGAGCAUUGACUUGAACUCAGAAGAUGGGAACAAGCUUCCUCCUGUAGACCCUGACCGCCUUUCCUCCCUUGGCUGUUCAGUAUCAGAAGCCAAUUCUGGACAUGGAACAAAUGGUGUGUUAGAAAGAUCACCACCAUCCCCUCUCUUUAACUUUCAAGGACAAAUGGUUCUAAAUGACUUGUAUGUUCCAUCAUCGCCAUUCCUGACACCUAUGAGGAGUCGGAGCAAGUUGGUUUCAAGGCCAUCUCGAUCUUUUCUGCUAAGACAUCGGCCUGUACCAGAGAUUCCAGGGUCAACAAAAGGAAUCUCUGGGAGCUAUUUCCGUGAGAGAAGAAAUGGUGCUACCUCAACUGGAAAAUCUGUGACACAGCACAAUUCAAAUGAGGAGAAUUCAUCUUCCAUCUUUCCUUAUGGAGAGACCUUUCUCUUCCAGAGACUAGAAACUGCCAAGAAAAAAUCUAUAAGGAAUGAAUUUUGGGCCCAUGAAGAAACACUCAAAGGAAAAGCAGCAACUGAAAGAAACUCCUUUUUUGUCAAAUCAAGUAUAUAUGAUAACAGGAAAGAGAAUGUAAGUGAAGACAAAGUGGAGGAUAUUUGGAUACCUCGAGAAGACAAAAACAAUUUUCCAGCUGGCUGUGCUGCAGAUUCAGAAUAUUCAACAGUAGAAGAAUGCUUUCAGAGUUUAAAAAGAAAAAAUUCAAAGGCAUCUAAAACCAGGACUCAGAAAGUAUUGAACUUGGACCCUGUUAAUAGGCACAGUUAUCCCUUAAGCUCAACAAGUGGAAAUGCUGAUUCAUCAGCCCUUUCCUCAAGUCCAAUAUCUCCUUAUGCCUGCUUUUAUGGAUCGUCUGCAAGGAAGGUUAAAUCGGGAUGGCUAGACAAACUCUCUCCUCAAGGAAAACGCAUGUUUCAGAAGAGAUGGGUGAAAUUUGAUGGCUUUAGCAUUUCUUAUUACAACAACGAGAAGGAGAAGUACUCAAAAGGAAUAAUACCCCUUUCUGCUAUAUCUACAGUACGAGUUCAAGGAGACAACAAAUUUGAGGUUGUUACAACACAAAGAACUUUUGUGUUUAGAGUAGAAAAAGAAGAGGAGAGAAAUGACUGGGUCGGGAUACUCCUAAAUGCACUGAAAUCGCAGUCCCCCUCCUCGCAGUCUCAAGCAGCUGCUGCACCUGAGAAGUGCGGAUAUCUUGAAUUGAGAGGUUAUAAAGCCAAAGUUUUUACUGUGUUAAGUGGAAGCAGCGUGUGGCUAUGCAAAAACGAACAGGAUUUUAAGGGUGGAUUUGGUAUUACCAUAAUCCCAAUGAAUGUGGCCAAUGUGAAGCAGGUGGACCGGACUGUGAAACAAUCUUUUGAAAUAAUCACGCCCUAUAAGAGUUUUAGCUUUGUAGCUGAGUCUGAAAAGGAGAAACAAGAGUGGAUUGAAGCUGUGCAGCAAUCGAUAGCAGAAACUCUCUCUGAUUAUGAAGUAGCUGAGAAGAUUUGGUUCAAUGAGUCCAACAGGAGCUGUGCGGAUUGCAAAGCCCCGGAUCCGGACUGGGCAUCCAUCAAUCUCUGCGUCGUCAUCUGCAAGAAGUGUGCAGGACAACAUAGAUCUUUAGGACCAAAAGAUUCCAAGGUUAGAAGUCUAAAGAUGGAUGCAAGCAUUUGGAGUAACGAACUCAUCGAGCUUUUUAUUGUCAUUGGAAACAAAAGAGCAAAUGACUUUUGGGCUGGAAACCUUCAAAAAGAUGAAGAAUUACACAUGGACAUGCCAGUAGAAAAGAGAAAAACCUUCAUUACUCAGAAGUACAAAGAAGGGAGAUUCAGAAAAACCCUUUUGGCAUCUCUCACCAAGGAGGAAUUAAAUAAGGCUCUGUGUGCAGCUGUGGUGACGUCGGAUGUUCUGGAAACAAUGGCUUUGCUGUUCAGUGGAGCAGACGUGAUGUGUGCAACCGGAGAUCCCGUGCACAGCACCCCCUACCUGCUGGCCAAGAAGGCCGGGCAGAGUCUGCAGAUGGAAUUUCUCUACCACAACAAAUUCUCAGAUUUUCCUCAACACGACGUCCAUUUCGAAGGUGGAUUAAGUCAGGAGUCCCCCCAGUGCACGUUCCUCUGUGACUUUCUGUACCAGGCUCCUUCUGCUGCUACCAAACUCUCUGCAGAGAAGAAACUACUGGAAGAGACAAAUAAAAAGUGGUGUGUUUUGGAAGGAGGCUUCUUGAGUUACUAUGAAAAUGACAAGUCUACCACUCCCAGCGGCACCAUCAAUAUCAGUGAAGUCAUCUGCCUGGCUGUGCACAAAGAGGACUUCUAUAUAAACACCGGGCCCAUCUUCACCUUUGAGAUCUACUUGCCCUCAGAACGUGCGUUUUUAUUUGGAGCUGAAACAUUUCAAGCCCAACGAAGAUGGACAGAGGCAAUAGCUAAGCAUUUUGUUCCCUGUGUUGCUGAAAACUUAACACAAGCUAAUUAUGAUUUGAUUGGCCAACUUUACUACAAAGACUGCCAUGCCCUGGAUCAGUGGAAACAAGGAUGGUUUGCUAUGGAAAAGUCUAGUUUGCGUUUUUGCCUUCAAAUGCAGGAAGUUCAGGAAGAUAGAAUGAACUUAAGAAGACUGCAAGAACUAACUGUCAGCACAAUGAUUCAAAAUGGGGAGAAAGUGGAUAUUUUGCUCUUGGUAGAGAAAGGAAGAACGUUGUACAUCCACGGGCACACCAAGUUGGAUUUCACAGUCUGGCAUGCUGCGAUUGAGAAAGCAGCAGGUACAGAUGGAAAUGCUUUGCAGGAUCAGCAGCUCAGCCAGAACGAUGUUCCCAUCAUCGUGAACAGCUGUAUCGCAUUUGUUACGCAGUAUGGUUUAGGGUACAAAUACAUCUAUCAAAACAAUGGCGAUCCUUUGCAAGUAAGUGAACUCCUGGAGAGUUUCAAAAAAGAUGCAAGAAGCAUUAAAUUGAGGGCUGGAAAGCAUCAGCUGGAGGAUGUGACGGGCGUGCUGAAAAGGUUUCUGUCUGACAUUGACGAUGCUCUUCUCACUAAGGAGCUCUAUCCAUAUUGGAUCUCUGCUUUAGAUACCCAAGAUGACAAGGAAAGAAUUAAAAAAUAUGGAGCAUUUAUAAGUACUCUUUCAGGGGUCAACCGAGCAACAUUGGCAGCUAUAAUUGAACACCUUUACAGGGUUCAGAAAUGCUCAGAAAUCAAUCACAUGAACGCCCAUAAUUUGGCCUUGGUUUUUUCAUCCUGUUUGUUUCAAACGAGGGGACAGACUAGUGAAGAAGUGAAUGUAAUCGAGGACUUAAUUAAUAAUUACGUUGAAAUAUUUGAGGUUAAAGAAGAUCAAGUCAAACAAAUGGACAUAGAAAAUAGCUUUAUUACCAAGUGGAAGGACACUCAAGUUUCCCAGGCUGGAGACCUGCUAACUGAAGUGUAUGUGGAGAGGAAGGAGCCUGACUGCAGUAUUAUCAUCCGGAUAUCUCCUGUGAUGGAAGCAGAAGAAUUAACUAAUGAUAUGUUAGCAUUAAAAAAUAUUAUUCCUACACCAGGUGAUCUCUGGGCCACAUUUGAAGUCAUUGAAAAUGAAGAGCUAGAACGCCCUCUUCACUACACAGAGAAUGUGUUGGAGCAGGUGCUUCGGUGGAGCUCAUUAGCUGAGCCUGGCUCUGCUUAUCUUGUGGUGAAGAGGUUCUUAACCACUGACACCAUCAGACACCAUAAUGAGAGAAAUGCCAUGGAAAGUAUCAAAGAGGGAUCCCUGAAAAUCAAAGAAGAACCAUCUAAAAUCCUGUCUGGAAAUAAAUUUCAAGAUCGGCACUGUGUUUUACGAGAUGGAUAUCUCAUUCUUUACAAGGACCUGAAGAGUAGCAAACAUGACAAAAUGCUUCCUCUCAGCUCAAUGAAGUUUUAUCUUGGAGUGAGGAAGAAAGUGAAACCUCCAACAAGCUGGGGACUGACAGCGUUUUCUGAAAAACAUCAGUGGCACCUGUGUUGUGACAGUUUACAAACCCAGAUGGAGUGGAUGGCCAGUGUCUUCCUCGCCCAGCAUGAAAAUGAUAUACGGCCACCUGCUGGGAAGCAACGAAAACGCUCCAUUACCAAAAACCCCAAAAUCGGAGGUCUGCCUCUCAUUCCCAUCCAGCAUGAGAAAAACACCACCCAAGCCUGGAGAAAUAUCGAGAGUGCCCGCGGGGAGCUGGAGAAGCUGAGGCUCCACGAGAAGCAGGACCAGGAGCCCGGGGACAGCACCCUGAAGGACAGAGCCUCCAUGGUGGCCCACUGCCUGGAGCACAGGGACGAUAAGCUGCGGCACCGGACCCGGAAGCACCGCAGCCUCUACUGCCUGGAAGACACGGAGGCCGAGGCGGAGGCCUUUGCUGGGCCUCAGAAAGGCCCUAAAGGCUCCAAGACCCUGGGAAAGGCCGAGGACAGGAACGGCAGAGCCACCCCGGACGCCGAUAAUAAGUUGCCAUCCCAGGUCAUCAAAGAACUUAGUGUGGUUCUACAACGAUCCAGAACCCUUCCAAAAGAGCUACAGGGCGACCAGAUCUUGCAGAAAGAAAUAAAAUGA